AGCAAACACUCGCUGGCGUUCGACGUGUGCUGGGCAUAAAACGGCCGCUGCUCGACAUGUAUGUAACUUCCGACGCAAUUUACAAUCUCCCCACGACACAAAACACACAGCAUCACCGCAAGGGUCAUCCCGUCUCCGCCCACAAUGACUUCCUACUUCCAGGACCACAAUCUCCCGGACCCCUCCCGUCGGCGUCCGGCGCCUUCCUCCACAAAUGGCAACUCCAGUAACAACCACAUAGACGCCUUCAUGUCCGACUCGAGGGAUAACAACGAGCAGAUGGAACAGAUGGAGCAGAUGUUGGCCGUCGCGUCCUUGUUUGGGACACUAAGGGACCGACAUGACGACGAGAGGCAGCAGACGUUGUUGGAUGGGCUGAUUUCCCAGUUGUUGGAUGAGGCCAAUGCUAGCGCAAAAGGCCCACCACCAGCGUCGAAAGAGUUCAUCCGAAAAAUGCCUGUGGUGGACAUGACCUCCGCCACGGGUCUGAAAGACAGUGAGAAAACAUGUUCGAUCUGCGUCGAAAAAUUCACAUCCGACUCCACGACAGAACCACCACCAUCAACCACAUCCACAACUCCUGCCACACCACUGAAUACACCCCGCCGCCUCCCCUGCACGCACAUCUUCCACACUCUCUGCAUUACACCCUGGCUUGAGCUCCACAAUACGUGUCCCGUCUGCAGGCACGAGCUGCCUACUGACGAUGUCGAGUAUGAGAAGCAGAAGCGGGCGGCUGCUAAUGCCGCUGCGGGAGUGGUUGAGGAAGCGGAGGAGGAGGAGGAGGAGGACUUUGAUAUGAUGUAUGGGUGAAAUGGCGGUGCGCCUGCGGUGCGAGAUCGAAUCGACCGCUUUUUCUGGACCCACCGUGGUGGGUUUCGCGGCGUAGCGAUAUGCUCCCAUCACCCACCAUCCGAUUUCAUCAGUCAGCGCUUCUUCAAAGAUCUAUCGUCGAAGAAUAGACCAGAGUAGACCCCGAAUAUCACGAAAUAUACGAAUACGUCCUCUUAGCUCAGUCCUUUGGCCUAAGUCUCAGUCCUAGCAGCUGCAUGGGAAGGUGUGAGUCAAUUCACUGCGA